GGUCGUCUCAAGAGCAGUACAUGUGUGUGCGUGAGUGUUCCGCGGCGUGACGCGGGGCCGGGCAGCGGUGGAGCAGCGAUAGUACUGCGAAACGAGGCGCGUUUCCUGAUUGGAGGCUGAAGAUUGGUCCAAGAUUGGCUGCCUUAUGCGUGUGCUUGGUGCAUGUGGGUGGUGACGAGGCUGCUGAAGCACGGUGCAUGGGCGUGCGCGCCGACGCUUCACCACCAUGAGGCUGUGGGCACUCGGUAUUAUCGUGCUGGCGCUGGCCGCCUUGAUGCCGCUGGCAGGGCAGGCGCAAGAAAUGGAUCUCCUGUGCCCGUAUGCGCACCCUGGUUUGGGCAGCGGUCAGCCUGAUCUGUCGACAGUAGGCAGCCGGGUCCCGCGCGACGGCAAGACCUGUCGCUCUCCCUGGAUUAAUUGGUCGUUUGAAGUGACCCCGAUUCAAGCCGCAAUAUAUGAUGGCGUUGAGGACUACAACCUCGUGCAUGUACAGACCUUUGCCCCUUACGUUCAUGCGGCCAGCGCUCUGGACCCAAGGCGCACCCUAUCCGUGUACGAGCCUGGAGCGCCCGGUGGCUGCGGAGACGGCGACCACCGAACCAUCGUGUCAGAGACGGCGGCCCGCCAUGACUGCAUCUACGCCACCAACGCUGGCUUCUUCAACACACAUGACGGCACUUGCUACGGUGACAUUGUGUCCGAUGGACGACUUGUACAAGCGGAUAACCACACCAACGUACAGUUUGGCGUCCGCCACGACAACACCAUUCAGGUGAGCGUGGCCUUGUUUUCGAACCCUAAAUCACAAACAGCUUCCUCGAGGGGUUUGCCUGCUUCACCAAUCGACCGCUGCAUGCAGGUGGGCUACUUUCAAUUGGAUGGCAACGAAACUCGUGCAGAGGACUUUCAAUUUCUGAUCACCGGUGCGUGCCACCAGAAGCUCGCCCAUGAGGCAUCCGAAAGCAGCAUGAUUGGCUCUUGUUGUUUCCCUCACGACACUUGGGCUCACAAACACAUAGGGGCCAUUUGGCUGGUGCGAAACGGCCAAGUGUACGUCAAUGAAUCCAUCGCUUACGAAUGUUCCAAUAUUGAAGAAUCGGGCAGUUUGCAAGAGUUUGCCAAUCUGCAGUCAGCCAGAACGGCACUCGCCCACGACUCAAAUGGUGCCGUGCGCAUUGUCCAGCAUAACGGCCAAUCUGGACACUACGGCAUCAACCUGUAUGAAUUUGCAAAAUAUUUGAAGCAGCAAGGUGUCGUCAACGCCAUCAACCUGGAUGGUGGUGGCUCUUCUGUCAGCGUGGUGAACAACUCGGUGGUGAGCUUCCCGACGGAUGGUUGCGGGGCCUGCAACUGCCCUUUUCCAAACGCCGACAGCACCUGCUAUGGCAUGUGUGCAGACCGCUCCGAGCAGACCUGUGAGCGCAAGGUCACCACCAUCCUCUGCCUCCACCGACCCCUGUGUAACAACGGAACCGGCUGUGGCAACCAUGGCGUAUGUCGGAACGGGGCUUGCCAUUGUGAUGUUGGCUACACCGGCGACGCGUGCCGCUCGAAGCUGUGCAAUCUCGGUGGUGGCUGUGGAGACCAUGGGACUUGUUACGAAGGCACUUGUCGCUGUGACGCCGGCUACAACGGCGCUGAAUGCCAACUGCACACUUGCAAUGAGGACCGUGGUUGUGGAAUGAGGGGCACGUGUCAAGACGGCGUAUGCUUUUGUGCCGACGGCUACUCGGGCACUGCGUGCCUCACACCACCUGUACGUUCCGCGUCCAGUGGGGCGAGGGUAGCGUAUUUCCCCCCCAAGUUUGCACCCACCCCCAGCUCGGAUACCUUACCAAAGUGCCACUCGUCGUGCCUUUGUUCCGGUUUACACAGGUCACCUGCACUACGCCGGCUCCGGGAACGACAGAACCCACGGCUGACACCACGAACAGCGGGAUCGACAAGAAGCGUGAAAUGGCCUUUGUGGCUCUUUUUGUCAUUACCUUGCUCCUGCUGCUGGCCAGCAGCAUUCUCAAUUGCUGUGCUUUCUGCAAGUGUUGCCGAGGUCGCGCGAUUGCAGGCGGCCGUGUGCGUGGUUUCACGGACGAUGUCAUGACAUAUAGCAAUGAAUAUUCGAUUCUCGAUGAGGAGGAUCUUUUUGAGUCCGAUACCAUCUAUGAACGGGACCAUAGCUAAGCCGUGUGACGUGAAGACACGGCCCGUUCCCUUUAGUCUGCUUUGGGUGGUGUCUUGUCGCUUGUGGCUGAGGGUAACUGCGAAGCGGCAGCCAUCUCCCUCUCUCGGAGCAUCACCUCUUGCAAAAAUGGAUUGCUAGCCCCCAUGUCCUCUUGAAGCUUGCGCAGGUUCGAGAGGGAGGAUGCAGGUGAUGCGCCCACACUGCGUGAGUUGAGCACAUUGGGGGUUUGAGGUGGAGGCGAGAGCGUGAACGAGCUGGAGCGCUGGCGCUGGCGUCGCGCAAGCCGCGGCGAAGCGCUGGCACUGGCGCUGGAAGUAGGCGCAAACUGUGUCCAGCUCUGCGGCGUCCUUGGCCCAUUCACAGUGUCCUGCAAUUGAUGACCAUCUGGCGC